CGGUGAGACUGAUGGAUACGGUACAAUCCGGUUUCCGCAGCCAACGGGCGAUGAUAUCACCUCGCAAGAAGCAGACGGUGCGGUGCUACAGUGGAACUUGCGAAGUCUAAUCUUGCAACAUACCGAAACCAUAACAUACCCGCCUCAAGUGAACUAUUCUACUGGGGUGUUUUGUUCGUCGUGCUGAUGCGGAAUUGUGAACACAGUGGAUCAACCUUAUCAGUUUUGCACAUUUUACCAUUCGAUCGACACCACAGCUUUUCUUUCUAUUGUGUCGCGAUCAGUGUGACAAACCAAUACCAACGACGUUUGCAACGCUGUAGCGUACAGCGCAUCCCGCAAAUGUGGGAAGUCCACGGUCAUUAGAAGAAAAGUGCUUUUAAUCCAGUUCUAAACAGUCCAGUGUAUGAAGAUAUACGUAUUAAGCAUCAGCAAAAGUUCUAUGUCGUGUUAGUUCCAGCUUCAUUUUGUGAAAUCAAUUACGAAAUCUCUCGCAACGACAGAAAUGGCAGACGAAUUCGAUGCAUGUGAAUGUUUCUGGAGUCAUGAAAUUGCUAUGAGGCGGUUGUUGUCGCUGCUUCGACAGGGCCAGUCCUAUUGCAAUGACAAUGAAUGCACCGAUCUUCCCAGUCUUCCGAACGUAACCGGUGGCACAAAUUUUAUCCUAAUCAUCAUGGCUCUGAUUUUUAUGGCCGUCAUGUACGUGAUGAGGCCAUCGUCGAUGCGACGAACGAAUGAUUUGAACAAGUCACUACCACCGCCAUCGAACGAUGGUCCGAAUAAUGAUGGUGCACCACCGUCAAUAUCCUGAAAACUAAACUCUUUCAGCUGCCAAUGAAAAGCACAACCGGACCAUCCGCAUUCGCCUCUCCCGUCCCAACGUGGUACUGGUAUGCAUCGGUUCACGGACAAACCGCAUUUCCCUUUUAGACAAUUAUCCGCAUAAUAGUACCGGCGCGAUGGGCACAAAACAACCCCCGAAGACAGCCGCCACCAUCGUUACGGCUUUUGUUUUUAACGCAAUCGUCAUUUCUUCCACAGCACGUAUAGUUCAAAUGCAAUUUGUUUGUUAUAUCUUACCCACGCUCUUGUGUCUCGCGCGUCUUAGGCGUUUGAAAGUAAAUUCCUUUUCUUUCCUGUCUCCGCAUGGGCUUCCUAGAGGCACAUGUGGCGAUUGUACAAUGUGAUUAUUUUUUUUUACAACUACUACUACCACAAGUCCUUUACAAUCGGUUAUUGUGCACGCAAAUAUUGUUUUGUUUCUUUAAUUACCUUUGUUUAAUCCUUGUUUACGCUGCAAUAAAACGAAUGUCCCAUUCAGAACGCUCUGUGCAACAUUCGCGUAAUACACUUCCCGUAUUAACUGUCCCGACAGGUGGGGGAGUGGACAGGUUCAAAUUAAGUUCAGACUUUGUUUCUUCAAAGCUGCACCUGCGCUGUGUUCCUAGGCACUAGUGAUCAGUAAAUAUUGAUGGUUAGAAAUUCUGAAUGUAUUUACACGAUACUAAAUUCAUAAGUAGCCAAAUUGAGCAACAGUUCAUUUUUUCCCAAAAAACACACAUACCACACUCGUUCAUUCUUGUUCAAGAAAAUUAUUGUCGUGUAAUUGGUAUAAAAGACAAGAUUCUAGCUGAUGAAUGGCUAGCGAUAAAUGUUCUGUCUCAUAAUGGGAAAUAAAAUUCAAAAUCCAAAUCUCGUA